UAUUGUUCAACUGCGAGCAUUUCUUCCUCUUCUUUCCCUUCUUUUUCCCCCUUCUCUCCGUCCCCAUCUUAAUGGCUUGUACCUGGCGCCAUGGUGCGUCAAAGGGGACUUUCAAAUGCUUCGUCAAUUUCCACGGUGCCGGAAAGAAAUCAGGAGCUAGAGAGCAUGUAUGAUUAUUUGGCCAAGGUUAUUCUCCUUGGACCUAGUGGUGCUGGAAAGUCUUGCGUGCUUCAUCGGUUUGUGAAAGAUGAAUGGAGAGUGCUAUCGUCGCAAACGAUCGGAGUCGAGUUCUCCUCGCGAAUCGUCAAACUGGGCACCGGCCCCCGGCGCACAAGGAUCAAAUUCCAGCUCUGGGAUACCGCAGGCACAGAGAGGUUCCGAUCAGUCUCACGCUCCUACUAUCGAGGCGCUGCCGGAGCGAUCCUUAUCUACGAUGUAGCAUCCCAUGCCUCGUUUGCGUCCCUCCCGACUUUCCUCAUGGAUGCCCGCGCCCUUGCCUCCCCCAACCUCACGGUCCUGCUGGCCGGCAACAAGGCGGACCUCACCUACGACUCCUUCAGCCAAGGCGAGUACUACGCUGAAGACGCCACGCGACCGCCCCCAACGCCAUCAAGCACCACCUCCAGCAAACAAGACGGUUUCCCCUACGACGCCGCCGGCGGUUCCUUUCGCUCCACGACGACCCACCUGGGAACCGGCACCCGCAUGACCGCCACCACGCAGACCUCGCACGGCCGCGAGGUCCCUAUCGACGAGGCGUCGCGCUGGGCGAGCAAAUCCAAUAUCCCCGUUGCCGUGGAGGUCUCCGCCCUCACCGGCGACGGCGUCGAAGAGCUUUUCCAGCGUCUCGCCCGCAUCAUCCUGACCAAGAUCGAGCUGGGCGAGAUCGACCCGGACGAUCCCCAGAGCGGGAUCCAGUACGGAGACGGCGCGCUCUACGGCGGCGGCGGCGGCGGCGGCGGCCAUGGCACCAGCGACGCGUCAAGUAUUCGCAGCCAGAUGACUCUGGACGAUAGCGCUGUCCAGCUGCACCGUCGAACCCCGCGCCGACGAGCCGGGAAUAAUUGGAAAUCCGGCGUGCGGGAGUGGGAGGACGUCUUUCGGUUGAGCGGGUCGCAUCAACGAAAGCGAUCGGGGUGUUGCUGAUUCUUCUUCUUCUUCUUCUUCUUCUUCUUCUUCUUCCUCCCCGCGCGCGAACGAAAAAGCUGGAUAAUAUUGGGCUACUCGUUUCUUUUUUUUUUUUUUUUCUUUCUUUUUUU